AUGUACAUACUAUAUGGAUUCAGCGAAGCCACCUUCGGUGCGAUAGGCAAGAGAAAGAAAUUAGGCAGACCACCAAAUGAUAGAUUCUCUGCUACUAUGAAACGAUCACAUAGUGAGAAUAUUUCCCUAACACAAAAAUUAGAAGUUGCUAUAGAUAAUGGACUCUAUCUACUUGAUAAAUGUGCAGAACUACGUAAUACGUGUAAUAAACUUACGAACAAAAAUACACAAUUGAGGAACAGAUUAGAACAAUCUAUUAUUUCAUCAAAGAAGUUAAGUAAAGAAGUAAGACAAUUAUUAACCGACGCAAAAAAUGUUUUGAAUCUUGAGCAGCAGUCAUUCGAGUUACAGACAGUUAAAACUGAGUGUGAUGUUUACAAACAACAUGUAUCUGAUAUGGCUGAACAGUCUUUGAUAACAAAAUACCAGACGUCGAUCCUUUUUCCAGAGAAACAGAAUAAAGAAAUGUUGGAAGGUGGUAUCAGCGAAUUAUCAUUUUUAUACCCUGCCUCAGUUAAACGUAACACAAUAAUAAUUUUUACGUUAUCUGUUAUUGUUAUUGCUCAUGUUUAUGGAAAGCCAUCCUUGACAAAAGGUUGA